AUGGCUGCUUCCAAGUAUCGGAAAAUCUCCGAUGAAGCCUCUGACAUCGACUCUCCAGCACUCGAAGCAGGAGAGACUGAAGAGCCCUUCUCCCAGGUUAUACCUGCAGGCACAUCCCUCAGAAGACUCCCCAGCUGGGCAUAUGUAAUCAUUAGUCUAGCUUUGAUUAUUCUAGGCUUUGUUGCUGGACAAUUCAUCGACCUAAACCUCGACAGAAAAUGCCUUGUUCGCCAUUCUUAUUAUUCCCCUGCACUGGAUAGAAUUGAUGCUGGAUACAAGCUCGUUCGGUUCAACAGUACCGUUGGUAAUCCUACGCCAUUCGGUGGGACUCCACGACCCGAGGUCGACGAUGCCUGGGCAGCUGUGGACCAAGUUCGGGUGCGGGGUAUAUCUCAUGAUGAAUUGAUACACAUUGGUGGCUCAGUGGAUGAUGUGAGAUUGCCUGACGAUCUAGGAGGUGGAUACAUGGCAUCGGACAUGUACACUCACGAGCUCCAUUGCCUCAACUUCCUCAGAAAGGCAACGUAUCCCGAGUACUACAACCAGUCACACGGAUUCACAGAUCUGCCGCAUGUGGUGCGCCUGCAUUUGGACCACUGCAUUGAACUAUUGCGGCAAUUUGUUGUUUGCCAGGGUGAUGUUGGGCUCUACACAUUCCAGUGGCUGGAGCACUAUCCGACGCCUUACCCCAAAUUCAGUACAUGGCAUCAAUGUCGCAAUUCUGACUCGAUCGAAGCCUGGAUCACGCAAGGGGCUGUUCAAACACCUUCUAACUAUACUUGGCCACGCGUUCCGGGAUCGAAGGGAGGAGCUUUUGGCAACGGCGGUCUGCAUCAGUAUGAGUGCGGGGUUAUUCAAUGA